AUGGCGACUUCCGGCGCUCUGUUUCCAAGCCUGGUGCCAGGCUCCCGUGGGUCAUCCAACAAGUAUUUGGUGGAGUUUCGGGCAGGAAAAAUGUCAUUAAAAGGAACAACUGUCACCCCAGACAAAAGAAAAGGUCUGGUGUACAUUCAGCAGACGGAUGACUCCCUCAUUCACUUCUGCUGGAAAGACAGGACGUCUGGGAAUGUGGAGGACGAUUUGAUCAUCUUCCCUGACGACUGUGAGUUCAAGCGCGUGCCGCAGUGCCCCAGCGGGAGGGUCUACGUGCUCAAGUUCAAGGCAGGGUCCAAACGGCUCUUCUUCUGGAUGCAGGAGCCUAAGACGGACCAGGACGAGGAGCACUGCCGGAAAGUCAACGAGUACCUGAACAACCCGCCGAUGCCGGGAGCACUGGGGGCGAGCGGGAGUGGAGGCCACGAGCUGUCUGCACUGGGCGGCGAGGGCGGCCUGCAGAGCCUGCUGGGGAACAUGAGCCACAGCCAGCUCAUGCAGCUCAUCGGACCGGCCGGCCUCGGAGGACUGGGUGGGCUGGGGGCCCUGACUGGGCCAGGCCUGGCCAGUUUACUGGGGAGUGGAGGGCCUCCGGCGAGCAGCUCCUCAUCCAGCUCCCGGAGCCAGUCCGCAGCGGUGACGCCAUCCUCCACCACCUCUUCUGCCCGCGCCACCCCAGCCCCUUCUGCUCCAGCAGCUGCCUCGGUGUCCAGCCCGAGCCCCACGCCCAAUCCAGGUAAUGGAACCAGCUCGGCAGCCAGCCCAACCCAGCCCAUCCAGCUGAGCGACCUCCAGAGCAUUCUAGCCACUAUGAACGUGCCGGCCGGGCCAGGAGGCAGCCAGCAAGUUGACCUGGCCAGUGUCUUGACACCCGAGAUCAUGGCACCAAUCCUCGCCAACGCGGACGUCCAGGAGCGCCUGCUUCCCUACCUGCCCUCUGGGGAGUCGCUGCCACAGACCGCAGAGGAGAUCCAGAACACACUGACCUCCCCUCAGUUCCAGCAGGCCCUGGGCAUGUUCAGUGCGGCCUUGGCCUCAGGACAGCUCGGCCCCCUCAUGUGCCAGUUUGGCCUGCCUGCAGAGGCCGUGGAGGCCGCCAACAAGGGUGACGUGGAAGCCUUUGCCAAAGCGAUGCAGAACAGUGCCAGACCGGAGCAGAAGGAGGGCGAUGGGAAGGACAAGAAGGACGAAGAGGAGGACAUGAGCUUAGAUUAA